UCAAAUUUCGCGUGUUAGGAGUACACGAUUGUUUAAUAUUUCCUGACCACCAUUCGUUAUAUUUUACGUACUCCUAUCAGUAAUGGAUUCAAACAUGACGUCUAAUUUGCUUAGUUCCAAAUUUCGACCAAUCAUUGAGACACAGACACACCAAGCGCCAGAAUGCCCAAGCCCAAUACAAUACAAAAGCGCCAACAACCAUCAUAGUGCACAGGAAUUGGCUGUUAGAUUUCUUUUCGAAUGCGGAACCAAAUUGAAAACAAAUCCACUCACGUCAGCUGUAGCUGCCCAGAUUUAUCAUAGGUUUCUAGAUGCUGUCAACGAUUCUAGUUAUGAUCCUUAUAUGAUUGCAGCUACUGCACUUUAUAUUGCCAGCAAGCAGCAAGAUGAACCCGUCAAGAUCAGGGAUCUUAUUAAUGUUGUUCAUAGGACUCUUAAUCAUGACACUGAUGUUCUGGAUUUAUCUGAAGAAUACUGGAAUUACAGAGAUUCCAUAGUUCAAGCUGAGCUAUUGACAAUGAGGAUGAUUAAUUUCAAAACCAUCAACCCAGAUAUUCAUCUGUAUAUGCUGAAUUACUUGAAAACUUUGUCAUCUUGGAUUUCUCCAGCUGUGUGGGAAAAAUCCACACUGGUGAAAUUGUGCUGGACUUUCUUACAAGAUUUCCACCAUUGCAAAGUCAUCAUUCAGUAUGAACCACAAUUGAUUGCCUUGGCUGUCAUUUACUUUGGGCUCCAGGUUUGUGGAAUAGUGAUUCCUUGUACAACCGAGCAGGAUCAGCUCAGUUGGCAUGAGGCCUUCCACAAAGCUGCCAAGAAAGAAGAUAUCUGGAAUAUCAUCGAGCAUUUGUUGGCAUUGUACGAACAUGAUAAAGAUAUGAAGUAGUGGCCGAAGUGGCGAAAUUUGUACGACGAAGAAAUAAUAAACGAUCACGAUUUUCA